AUCCAAUUAUCAUGGGGAGAGGAAGAGUAGAACUUAAGAGAAUAGAAAACAAAAUCAACAGACAAGUCACCUUCUCUAAACGAAGAAAUGGUUUGCUCAAAAAAGCUUACGAACUUUCCGUCCUCUGCGACGCUGAAGUCGGCCUCAUCAUCUUCUCCAGCCGCGACAAACUCUACGAGUUUGGAAGCGUCGGUGUUAUGAAAACUCUUGAACGCUAUCAACGUUGUUGCUUUAAUCCUCAAGAGAACAACAAUGAGCGUGAAACACAGAGUUGGCAUCAAGAGGUUUCGAAAUUAAAAGCCAAGUUUGAAUCCCUCCAACGGACCCAAAGACAUUUACUUGGGGAAGAUCUUGGACCACUUAGUGUCAAAGAAUUACAUAAUCUUGAAAAACAACUAGAGGGAGCUCUUACACAAGCUAGACAAAGGAAGACGCAAAUUAUGGUGGAACAGAUGGAGGAGCUUCGACGUAAGGAACGUGAACUCGGAGACAUGAAUAAGCAUCUAAAGAUCAAGGUCUCACAUGAGUUAUCAACGUUUGAGAGUGCAUCAGAAGGAGGACAAGUUGUUUAUAGAGCACAUAAUGAGUUGCAUUGCCCAUGGAAUAACUCUACCACCACCACUACUACUAUUGGUCAUGAUCAUGUAUCUCCUGCUGCUGGUAACCACACUAGUUCCACUUUCCAAAUAUUGCAUCAUCAUUCCAAUAAUCCGGCCAUGGACUGUCAUCAAGAACCACCACCACCCAUCUUACAGAUAGGGUACAACCAGUUUAUGCAUGGGGGGGAGGGACCAUCGUCGUCGUCUGUUCAUCAUCAGAGGAACAUGAUUGGUGAAACUAGUAGUAUUCAUGGUUGGGUCGUUUGACCUACUAUAUAUUUUUACAUGAUUAA